AUGCCUAAAGUUGGAGGAAGAAGGAAAAAAACAAGAACUCACAAAGAAGCAACAGAGGAGGAUCUUGAUUUGAUAGGAUAAACACCAAAAGCAUUUAUAUUAAAGAGAGGAAAAGUGUCAUCAACUAUUCGCCAGUUAAUUGAUGAUUACAGAGAUGUUAUGUAUCCCUUCACAACCAUGAAUUUGUAAGAAUCAGAUAAAACCAAAAUGAAAGAUUACAUAUAGGCAGCUGGUUAUUAUUUAAUAUCACAUAUGAUUAUAAUGACAUAGACAAACAAGAAUUCAUACAUAAGAUUUAUUUAAAACCCUAGGGGACCCACUUUUACUUUUCGUAUUCUCAAAUACGCAAAUAGAAAUGAAGUUCUCAAUGCUUAAAGGAAGUUCAAAUCAUUUUCUAGAGUUUUCUCACCUCCUUUACUUGUGAUGAAUGGUUUCUAGACUGACGUUUAGACAGAUGAUCCUAAAAGGCCAACUAGUGAUCAUAUCAAAUUGGUAGGAAAUAUGAUUUAAUCUAUGUUUCCUGCUAUUAAUGUCUAAAAUACCAAUCCAAAAACAUAAAAGCGAGUUAUACUCUUUUCAUAUAAAAAUGAUAAGAUAUACAUAAGACAUUAUUACAUUAGUUUUAAUUUAAAAGGAAUAGACAAAAAAAUGAAAAAAAUCAUUAAAGCAAAUAAAUUACCAAAUCUAUCGAAAUACAAUAGCUUUUCUGACUUUUUAUAAAAUAAUCACUAAAUGUUUGCUUCAGAUACAGAAUAAUCUGAUUUAGAAGAGUUGGAAAUUGAGAACAAAUAACAUAAAAAGUAAUAAAUGAGUAUCAGAUUACAUGAAGUUGGGCCUAGACUAGAAUUAAAGCUUUAUAAAAUAGAAGAAGGAUUUAUGCAAGGAAAUGUCGUUUAUAAUAGAGUUGUGUCCAAAACAAACAAGGCAAUAGAGAAAUUAAGAAAAAUUAAAAGAAGAAAAAUGCUAUUAAAGUAUAAAAGAAGAGAAGAAUAAGAAUAGAAUUUAUAGAAAAAAACAAAAAAAUAAGACAUAGAAGAAUUUGAUAAUGUAAAUAAAAAGGUUAAAAAAUAAUGA